AACACGAGUCCAAGCUGCAGCGGGGACCUGGCUGUGACUGACAGAGGCCUACGUUUUCCAAGAACUGCUCACCAGGGAGCCCAGCUACAGCCACCAUGUCCGGCAGGAACAACAACAAGCUGCCCAGCAACCUGCCGCAGUUACAGAACCUGAUCAAGCGGGACCCGCCGGCCUACGUCGAGGAGUUCCUUCAGCAAUAUAAUCACUAUAAAUCCAAUAUGGAGAUUUUCAAGUUACAACCAAAUAAACCCAGCAAAGAACUCGCAGAGCUGGUGAUGUUCAUGGCACAGAUUGGCCACUGCUACCCGGAGCAUCUCAGUAACUUCCCGCAGGAGCUGAAGGACCUGCUCUCCUACAACCACACCGUGUUAGACCCAGAUCUUCGCAUGACAUUUUGCAAAGCCUUGAUCUUACUGAGAAAUAAGAAUCUCAUCAACCCGUCCAGUUUGCUAGAGCUCUUCUUUGAGCUUCUGCGAUGCCACGACAAGCUCCUGCGGAAGACUCUGUACACACAUAUUGUGACUGAUAUCAAGAAUAUCAACGCCAAACACAAGAACAACAAAGUGAAUGUGGUGCUGCAGAACUUCAUGUAUACCAUGUUGAGAGACAGCAAUGCAACCGCAGCCAAGAUGUCUCUGGAUGUGAUGAUCGAACUCUACAGAAGGAACAUCUGGAAUGAUGCCAAAACUGUCAAUGUUAUCACAACUGCAUGUUUCUCCAAGAUCACCAAGAUACUAGUUGCUGCUUUGACAUUCUUCCUCGGGAAAGACGAGGAAGAGAAGCAGGACAGUGACUCAGAAUCCGAGGACGAUGGGCCCACAGCGAGAGACCUGCUGGUGCAGUACGCCACGGGGAAGAAGGGCUCCAAAAACAAGAAGAAGCUGGAGAAGGCGAUGAAGGUGCUGAAGAAACAAAAGAAGAAGAAGAAACCAGAAGUGUUUAACUUUUCAGCUAUUCACUUGAUUCAUGAUCCCCAAGAUUUUGCAGAAAAGCUUCUGAAGCAGCUAGAGAGCUGUAAGGAGAGGUUUGAAGUGAAGAUGAUGUUCAUGAACCUCAUCUCCAGAUUGGUGGGCAUUCAUGAGCUUUUCCUCUUCAACUUCUACCCAUUUGUGCAAAGGUUUCUGCAGCCUCACCAGAGAGAAGUCACAAAGAUCCUUCUGUUUGCUGCACAAGCCUCUCAUCACCUGGUGCCCCCAGAGAUUAUUCACUCGUUGCUCAUGACGGUGGCCAACAAUUUUGUUACUGACAAGAACUCUGGGGAAGUGAUGACCGUGGGAAUCAAUGCUAUAAAAGAGAUCACAGCUCGGUGCCCUCUGGCCAUGACUGAAGAACUUCUUCAGGACCUGGCUCAGUAUAAGACACACAAAGAUAAGAAUGUAAUGAUGUCUGCCAGAACUCUGAUCCAUCUCUUCCGGACACUGAACCCUCAGAUGCUGCAGAAGAAGUUCAGGGGUAAACCCACUGAAGCCUCCAUGGAAGCAAGAAUACAAGAAUAUGGAGAGUUAGAUGCUAAAGAUUACAUCCCGGGAGCAGAGGUCCUGGAGCUUGAGAAAGAAGAGAAUACAGAAGAUGAUGAAGAUGGAUGGGAAAGUGCCAGUCUCAGUGAGGAGGAGGAGGAGGAGAAGGAGGACGGCGAGUGGGUUGACGUGCACCACUCGUCUGAUGAGGAGCAGCAAGCAAUUGCCAAGAAGCUGGACAGCAUGCCCAUGGAGGAGCGGAAAGCCAAGGCUGCAGCCAUCAGCACCAGUCGAGUUUUAACACAGGAUGACUUCCAGAAAAUCCGCUUGGCCCAGAUGAAGAAGGAGAUGGAUGCUGCCCCAGGGAAAGCCCAGAAAAGGAAAUACCUGGAGAUUGACAGUGACGAGGAGUCCAGGGGUGAAUUGCUGUCUCUUCGGGACAUUGAACACCUUCAUAAAAAGCCCAAGUCUGACAAGGAGACGAGACUAGCAACCGCAAUGGCUGGAAGGACAGACCGAAAGGAGUUUGUGAGGAAGAAAACCAAAAUAAACCCAUUUUCCAGUUCCACAAAUAAAGAGAAGAAAAAGCAGAAGAACUUUAUGAUGAUGCGGUAUAGCCAGAAUGUCCGGUCAAAAACAGCACGCUCCUUCCGGGAGAAGCAGCUAGCACUGCGAGAUGCACUUCUGAAAAAGAGGAAAAGAAUGAAGUAACUUAUCAGCAAGUUAACUAUUUCCUGCCCAAUGCUGUAUCAGCAUGCCGAAGAUCAGUAAAUAUUUACUUACAUUAAAAAGUCAAGGAACACUAUAUUUUGUAAACCACAGUAACAUUUGUAGCAGUGUGGUGUUUUUGAUUGGGAGGUGGGGCUGGUGGGAAUGUGAAAUGUAAAUAGUAGUGAUGUUAAGAACUCACUUCUAACUCAAACAGAAGUGCUGAGUGCCUACUCAUUGUUGUGCGUAUGUAGCCAAAUGAGCCAUAGCCCUUGACUGAGGGUCCAUGUACAAAGGGUGUUUAUAGUAAGCUGUAAAUAGUUCCCGAGUAGCAGCUAGUCCAUAGUCCCGGGGUCACUGGGGCUCCUGGACUGACUGCAGGGAUGGGAGUUAUUCAUGCUCUUCAAUCAGGACAGUGUUACAAGAGUAAGAGGUUCUUACUUGUAAAUAGGCUUACCUGCUCAAGCAGGCUCCUGCUGUACAGAAUCGGGUGGAUAGUUGAGCUCCACUUUUUUUUUUUUAAAUGUAAAGAGUUUUGGCUAAGGCCAAAUUUUUUUUUUUAAUUGCCUUAAGUCUAAAUAGUGAUUUUGAAAUACCUAGCAGGAUGUGGUGGUACACACCCAUAAUCCCAGCACUUGGGAAGCCAAGGCAGGAGGCUCAUGAGUUUAGAACCAGCUUGACAUACUGAGUUAGUUCAGGGCAGCCUGAACUACAUGAGACCCUAACUGAGAACAGACGCCAUCUUUGAGCUGUCGUCUGAGUGGCUGGUUCUCUGCUGCCUGUUGCUGUGCUGGAGCUGCGCCCCAGGGCCCCAGGGCCCCAGGCCUACCCUGAGCAGGCUCUGCCACUGAGCUUCACCCCGUCCCUGAGUGCCCACUCUUCACGUGGUUUGACCAGUUCCCUUGCCUUGUUCUCAGCCAAAGCUGACAUGUUGUUAGUAGUCAGGUGGGUGUGUACAGUGGUGUGUGCUGUUACUGCCACAUUUAACUUAAUUGCAAGACCCAGUCUGCAUGCAGGCUGCUGGGUUUGAAACAGUUUGAUGCCUUUUGCCUCAGACUUCUUGGGUAAUCUUGUCAUGAGACAAUGCUUCGUGUUCGCAUUAGAGGAAAGGGCAGUUUCUGCCCCUCAGUUGGAGAACAGCUGCUGGUGUUUGCUUUCCUUUCCAUCACUCUGUUCUGCUUCUGAGGUGGAUUUGGAUUUAUUUAGCCCUUACUUUCCCCAACAGUGCCCUAGGUCACUUGUUAGGGGAUUGCCCAUCAGCCUUACCCAGCAGACCUGUGGAGGAAGUAGCCAGUGCAAAUUUGUAUAUGUGAGACCUGAAACUGUCCCUUCGCUUUCCUUCUGUGUUCUUCACGGGUGUCUGCUUGCUCAUCAGGUCUGAAAGCAGCUGGAGGCUCGUGAUGCAGCUCUGCUGUGUGGUUUGUGUUGUUAGUCUUUCCCUCACCUCCCAACUGCUGGGAUUUCAGGCACACACUGCCCUGGCCAGUUUCUAGGCUGCUAGGGGUCAUACCCAGGGCUUGGUGUGUAAAUCCAGAAUAUCAGCACAUCACGUGUGUGGCAUUAGCAAAUUUCACUGGUAAAGAAGAACCACACAGGACAGCCCUGCUCUCUGUUGCAUCCCUGGUGCUAACUAAGUGUCUCCUCUGAUGUAGAGGGCACAGCAGCUGUUUGAACAUGUGAAUUAACCCCUGCCUGUCAAGGUUUCUAUCUAUAAAUGACCACCUACCUCUUAUUUAGUAAAUUGUGUUUUGGGGGAGAGUUUUUUUUUCUUUCUUUUUUCCUUAUAGUUAUAGUUGCUAUAUUUAUUUUAACCACCAAACCCAAUGUUUAGGAAGCUAGUUUAAAAUCCAUAUUAAAUGUGCAUUGUGUAUAAAAGCACUGCUGGAUGUUUGUGGCUGUCUUUGUGUCGUGUUGAAGCUGUUAGUCCAUUGAGGAAAACAUGCUGUAUGAAGAUCCAGCUGAGCUUCAUCAGGACCCAGCCACUCCGCAGAAGACACACCUAGGGGUCACAUUGUACCUCAGGGCAUGUGGCUUCUGUUGCGUGCAUUUCUGAUGCCCAUGGUAGGCAGGCUGGCACUGCAGAAAACAGUUCCUGAGUCCUGUGGUUAAGUUGACGUGAUGUUGGUAUAAUUUUUAUGUUACAGUUAAUACAAAUUUUGUUUUUAUUCUUUCCUAAUUUGUUGAAAAUUUAUAAUGUAUAUAGAAUAUUACAUUGAAAUUUUAGUUUAACUAAAAUGUUUAAUUGUUCUGAGUAUCCUGUUACGCUAUUUUAUGUAACAUAUUUUUAAACUCUAUCUAGAUAAUGUUGUCUCCCAAAUAGUACCUCUCAUUCCUUGUAUGGUUUGGAGUGUAUUUCUUGAGAUUUAAGGAAGCUUGACCAGGCAUGGUGAUACACGCCUGUAAUCCCAGCACAUGGGAGAACGAGGCAGGGCAGGAGUGCUCUGGGUGGAGACCAGUCUGGGCUACAUAGCAAGAGAGCAAAACCCUGUCUAGGGGCUUGGGGGUGGGGUGGGGAUAUGAAUUGAGAGAGAAUAGAGCGUUUCCUGUCGUCUCUGGUUUUCACCCAUGUAAAGAAGCAAAGGGAAGCCGAGAGCACAGCAGCCUCAGCAGCAGUUAAACAGCACGACUCCUGUUAGUUUUCUUAAGGCUCUGUGUCAUUGUCUCUACGGAUUGUGCUUGUGUACUUUGUCAAUCUCAUCUCAGUGUAUAAGUGGUUAAAGUUUGAAAACUAUUUGUAGCAUAGUCCAGUGUACAUGUAGGCAGUUAUUAAAAACAUCCAGAAAAUGUACCAAAUAUUAGGGGGGCAGGGCUGGUGCUGGGAUCAUGUAUAAACUGUAUUUUCUCUCUACUUUCUGAGUCUUUCACAGUGUAUAGUUUUUACUUAUGUCAUUGUGUAAGAAACCAAAAAACAAAAAUGAAGUGAGAAAUAAAGUUGCGUGGCAAAUCA